GUGUAAUAGUGUAUGUCACAAAACAUUGUCCUAUAGUUAAAUUAAAACUUUCACCAGCUAAGGCAUUGGAGAGAAAAUCAUUGAACAUGUAUUAUGUCCCGUUUUUGUUGCUUCCAUUUCUUCUCACCCAAUUCUGCAUUUCCAUUGACACUAUAGGCCCGAACCAUUCUAUCAGAGACGGCCACGGCGACAUAUUAGUCUCCAAUGGAGAAAGAUUUGCGCUUGGGUUCUUCAGUCCCAGCAAUUCUAGCAAACGAUACAUCGGAAUUUGGUACAACAAAGUUCCAGAACAAACUGUAGUUUGGGUUGCAAACAGAGACGAUCCGAUCAAUGAUACAUCUGGAGUUUUGUCCAUAGACAAAAUCGGAAACCUCGUUAUACACAAUGGAAAUGAUAGCGUCCCCCUCUGGUCAACGAAUGUCUCGGUGGCAGCUCCGGCGAACGCUUGUUCAGCUCAAUUGUUGGAUUCAGGAAAUUUGGUUUUGCUUCAGGGUGCUGACAAAAGGGUUGUUGCAUGGCAAGGCUUUGAUCACCCUACAGAUACUUUGCUUCCUUUAAUGAAAAUUGGGGUGGAUCGGAGGACUGGUCUGAACCGGUUCCUAGCGGCUUGGAAGUCACCCAAUGACCCGGGAACUGGGGAAUGUUCGUUCAAGAUGAACCUUAAUGGUUUCCCACAGUUUUUCUUGUACAAGGGUUCAGUCCGGUUAUGGCGAACCGGACCAUGGAAUGGGCUUAGAUGGACUGGUGUCCCGGAGAUGACACCUAAUUUCAUCUUUAACAUCAGCUACAUUGACAAUCAGGAUGAGGUCUCCGUGAUGUACAGUAUACGUAAUGCCUCAAUUUUUUCAAGAUUGAUGGUGAACGAGUCUGGGACUGUUGAAAGGCUCACUUGGCAUGAGGGAGACCGUAAAUGGGUCGGAUUCUGGUCCGCCCCGAAAGACCGAUGCGAUGAUUAUGAUUUUUGCGGUGCAUAUGGUGACUGUUACCCACAUGAUGCUGGGGAUUUCGAGUGCACAUGCUUACCCGGUUUUGAGCCUAAGUUGCCACGUGAUUGGUACUUGAGGGACGGGUCGGGUGGAUGCGUGAGAAAGCGAGACGCGUGUGGAAAUGGAGAGGGGUUUGUGAAGUUGACACGUACUAAGAUUCCGAACACUUCUGGGGCACGUGUGAAUAUGAGUUUGAACUUGAAGGCGUGUGAGGAGUUGUGCUUGAAGAACUGUUCUUGCAGUGGUUACACAAGUGCAGACAUACGUGGAGGGACUGGUUGUGUCACUUGGCACGGUGAAUUGGUGGACACAAGAGAGUAUUCAAGUGGGGGCCAGGAUUUAUACAUACGCGUUGAUGCAGUUGAGUUAGCUCAAUAUUCCAAGUCAAAUGGCAAUCAUGGCAAGAAGGUGAUGGUGGCAAUUCUAGUAGUCUCCGUUGCUGUAGUGUUAUUUCUUGUAACCUUCUUAGCAUAUUAUUGUUUGGUGAUGAAGAAGAGAAAAGUGACAGGAAAAAGAGGAAUGGACAACUUGUUAUUUAGUCCAGCGUCGCCAUUGCCUGACUCUUCAAGGGGAAAUGAGCUCGCUGAAAGUGAAACAAGUACAGAUUUACCCUUCUUUGAUCUAAGCACCAUAGUUGCUGCCACCGACAAUUUCUCUUCCGCUAACAAGCUAGGACAAGGUGGUUUUGGCACAGUUUAUAAGGGUCUGCUAAAUGAUGGACGAGAAAUUGCAGUGAAAAGACUGUCAAAAAAUUCGGGGCAAGGGGUGGAAGAAUUUAAGAAUGAAGUCACUCUGAUUGCAAAACUUCAGCAUAGGAAUCUUGUUAGACUUCUAGGAUGCUGCAUUCAACAAGAGGAGAAAAUGCUAAUCUAUGAAUACUUGCCAAACAAAGGCUUGGACUCUUUUAUCUUUGAUAAAGUUAGAGGCUCAUUUUUGGACUGGGAAAAACGAUUUGAUAUCAUUCUAGGAAUUGCUCGAGGAAUGUUAUAUCUUCAUCAAGAUUCGAGAUUUCGAAUCGUCCACAGGGAUUUAAAAGCCAGUAACAUUUUACUCGAUGCUGCUAUGAACCCAAAAAUAUCAGAUUUUGGAAUGGCUAGAAUUUUUGGAGGGGACCAGAUUGAAGCAAACACGGUUAGGGUAGUUGGAACAUAUGGUUACAUGUCACCGGAGUAUGCAAUGGAGGGAUUAUUUUCAAUAAAAUCCGAUGUUUUCAGUUUUGGAGUUUUGCUGUUGGAGAUCAUUUCUGGCAGGAAAAACAGUAGUUAUUAUCAAGAUAACUCUGUUAAUUUAAUUGGGCAUGUUUGGGACCUUUGGAAAAAAGGAGAAGACUUGGACAUGGUUGAUUCAUCGUUAGGUGAUUCGUAUCAAGCCCAUCGAGUUCAGAGAUGCAUUCACAUUGCGCUUUUGUGUGUGCAAGAAAAUGCCAGUGAUCGGCCAACCAUGUCGGCAGUUGUUAUCAUGCUGUCGAAUGGAACAGUUCUUCCUCCUCCGAAACAGCCUGCGUUUAUUUUUAAAUCUAAUACUGGUCCUGCGGACUCAUCAUCAGCUAGUGUUGGAGCUUAUUCCGUAAAUGAUAUUACAGUUACUAUGGUUGGACCUCGCUAAAGGCUUUAGCUAUCACAGAUUAUAUCUUGGUCUGCCAUUACAAUUACAACUAGUGGUAUGCUGACUAACUCAGUGUCUCGGAUGGUAGGUAUUGUAUCUAUUUGUUUUAUAAUAGUAAUAAUUUCAUGGGUAUUUCGUGUAUUUGCUUACAACUGACUAUCCUCGUGUAAGUUGAAGCAAACUCUUUGUUAUUCCAUUGAGAUACAUAAUUUCUUAUUCUUGGAA